CGUCACAUUCCUGGUCUGGUCUCGUCGGGUAGCGGUCGCGUCUACCUGCGUCCACACAGUCCUCCAUAUUUACAGUUAUUUUCAAGAUGGCGGCCGUGUCGACGCCGAUAAACACAGUUUCGAGGGAGAAUUUAGUGGUUUUGAUCAGAAACAAUGUGUUGAACAAUUCUGUGGAGUUCUCGUCGGAUACUGAUGCGAUGGAAACGGAGUCCCCGGUCCGAAAGAGAUCAAGUCUCCAGCCAAUAAUAAAGAAAUUAUUCCACUCUCCGAUCUCUCCGCGUAGCCCUGAACAAGAUACCGUCAGAAGGAGAAACAUAGAGAAGAGUAGAAAGAGAAGGAGACAAGAGAUCCUUCUGCCGGGUUCAGAGGAACACAUCGAGAUGGCGUAUGUGAAAGAGAAGGACGGAUACAGCCCAGACGCUUACGGGGGAAUGAGAAAGCGUGUGCUUAUAAGUUUGUUCCAUAACAAAGAGUAUUCUAUGGAUAUCGGUGAUUAACAAAUAAACUAAGAAUGUCUUGUUUUGAAAUGAAAACUAUAGAAGUUAUAGAAAAUGAGGUAGGUUAUCUUCGUGAUAGAGUAACAUGAUAAAAAAAAAUAAUUUGAUCAGUUCACUAAAGCCAUAAUUUGUUAAAAAAAACUCAUUUUAUCAUCUAGGAUCAUUCAUCGCUAGGAUCUGGAAUGCCCAUUUGAGGUCUGUCUUUUCUGAUAUUUACAAGUUUUAAAUAAAAGUCUAAGCAGAAUCGUUAUAUCUUGUCUACAAUAAUUAUUAAUAUCAAAUAAAUUAAUAUAACAUUCUGGCUUCAUAUUUUUUUUAAUUAUUUUUUAUUGCUUGGAGUUCAAGACUCAAUUCAAAGAUCGGAAAAUAUUAAGCGGUUAUUGAUAAUCGUAUUUUUAUUAAAAGUUCUUAUUAUUUUUAAAAGGUUAUCAAGGGUAGAUAUCAUGUAAGAUUAUCUGUAUCGUCUGAAUUCCAAAUAGAUAUAUACUUAAAAUUUGUUGAUAAAGUAAAUAAUGAUCUACUUGGAAUUUCGAUUUAGUCGUAAAUAUUAAUAAAAUUUUGUCUUCCAAUAAAGUUAGCAUCUAAGAAAGACUGUUAGAUAGUAAGUGAUAUAGUGUUAAUGAAUAGAAUUUAUUUUAGGAAAUUAUAUGUUAUAAUGAAAUUUAGAUUAUUUUUUACAAAUAAUUCAAUUAUUUUUACAUUCGAUUAACCUUAUUUAAGUAAUAUUUCAUGAUGGUGCAAUCGUAAGGUUUGUUAGAAUUCAUUCAUCACAAAUCAACUAAUUAUAUGAAAAAGAUUCGUCAAAUUAAUUUUUCCAUGAAAACAUAUAUUUUUUUAAGGUUUUAUUCAUAAUUGAUUUACUAUUAUUAUAUUAUUUAAAUGUAUUUCGUGCCAUAAUAAAAUAUCAAAUAAAUA